CAUAUACAAGUGAAGCGUUGUCACAUUGUAAGCAUUGUCUCGGGCCCAGCUGAUUUGUAUGAGAAAAUGGUGGGGAUCGUACAGAUCUUCGGGAGAUUCCAAAUUUUAAGAAAUGUCUAACAGUAACAUAAUGGAAAGUUUAGAUAGAAAAGUGUCUACUUUAGGUGGUCUAACAGCAGCUUCAGAUUAUCCUGAAGCUCCAAACAUAAAGUGUGAAAUGGAUAAUUCCUCUAUCAGCAGCGAUCGGCAACUUCUCAAUCUCCGGGAUCUUGACGAAAGUGACAGAACGACCAUGAUUCAAGAUACUGUAGAAAAAUCAAUUAGCAUGGAGUCAAAACAUACCAUUGAAUGUCUGUUGGCUCAAAUUCGGCAGUUGUCUCCAAUUGAAAAGCUUUUAUUAUAUCUGAAACUUCCAAAUGGUAGGAGUUCUGUGGAUCCUUUGCGACAAAACUUGAAUCCUCUUGGCAGUAGAUUAGAAAUUCAUCACACAAUAACUUGGAUUAAGACUCAUUUACAAGAAGAUCCUGAAGUAUCUCUUCCUAAGCAAGAUGUUUAUGAACAAUACUUGGAAUUUUGUCAAGGGAAUUCUGUGAAACCUCUCUCAACUGCAGAUUUUGGUAAAGUCAUGAAACAGGUUUAUCCUAAUGUCAGGCCUAGGAGGUUGGGUACUCGAGGACAUUCCCGAUACUGUUAUGCUGGCUUACGCAAAAGAAUGCACCUUGCUCCUCCAAUCCUUCCUGAUCUUGGUCCAAGUGAGAAGAGUGCUUUAGAAGACAGCAAUGGAGGGAAAGCAGGUUCUCCUGAGCGCACCUUGUUAGUGGCCGUGUCAGUGUUGAUCCGAGAAUGGGCUGGAAAAACAUUAGGCUUGCGGUUUUCCAGUCUGCAGGACUUGGCUUGUCAUCUUGUCCAAAGUAUGUCGGUUAAUGUGCAAACUACAGCAGCUCUGACUGUCUUAUCUGCUUUGAAUCCUCCUGUUCCCCGAUCUGCUGGACACAGUCGGCCAACUUCCUCUGCAGCCUCCUUAGGAAGCGAAGGAAGACCACCAUCCAGUUGCAGUCUUGGACUCUCUCGACCAGCCAGUGAGACACCGCGCUCUUCUAUUGAAAGGGAUCAUAAACGUAAAAUACAAGAAGAUGUUGAACGUAUGCGCUCCAAGAAUUGUGAAAGUAAAAUGCGUGGUAAACGCACAAAACAUCGUUCAUCUUCUUCUCCUCAAGAAAAUUCCUCUGGUGUGCGCAGGUCUGUUGCGAACAAAUUGGUUGGUCCAACAACCAACUCUAAUUGUGAUAACUCUAUGGGCAGUCAGUCCCAUUCCACAGUGCCAUAUAUGAGUACAAAGAAUGGGCAAGCUGAUGUCCAAAAUAAUAAUACCUUGCUCAGUAAUGGAAGUGCUUUAGACACACAUGCUCUCCCUCUUAAUUCUUUGUUUUCUGAAUCGUUGGUUCCUGAUGCCUCAGAUGCCUCAUCAACAAUCAACACCCAUGUGGGGGUUGAUACUUAUGCACCUACACAGCGACCAGAAGGAGGACCAGACGGCAAGCUUCCAAUUCCUCGCUUGCCAAAACCAAAUUGCAAGCAAAAUGUGCCAAAUUAUAUGAAUAUGCCAUUUACUUCGCCGUCUUUAACACGUAAUCAACAAUCAUCAUUACAGCAUCAGUCUGUCCAAAAACAGAAAUACAAACCAAUAAAGCCCAAACCUCAUGCAGAAGAUAGCUCUGUAAUUAAAAGUGAUGGGGAUACUUCAAAGCAGUUGCCAAGCUCAGACCAUAAUGGAAUGUUAAAAUUGGUGUCAUCUCAGAAAAGUGGUAAUGAUGCCAUCAUUGGAUGCCUAGAAAAAGAUGCCUUAGAUGAUUAUUUGCAUGGUGGUAGUAACUCACAGGAACAAGAAGAGGAGUUGAUGCAGUACUUUCCUCCACAAGCGCCACAAAAUCAGAGCCCAUCAAUGCAGGUAGACCCCACCAACAGCAUGGACAAAAUAUCUCAACUACGUCGCCUCUUGGAGAAAAAUAUGAAUCAGGACAUGGCUGGAAAAGGACCCCAGUAUCCGAACGGAUUGUCUGCUGCAGCAAGUUUGUCUCUCUUGUCUCAGCGUAGCCAACAAAAACAAAGUCUCAUUCUUCCAGCUUUAUUGACUUGUCAACAAAAUAAUGCUCGUCGAGUAAGCUUUGAAGUGCCCGGUGAUCCAGAUUCUGCGGCGAAUAGUGUUCCUCCAAGCCCAAACACCAAACAAAGAUUCAGCUUUACUCCAAUCUCUCCAAGACCUUAUUCCCCAACAAAGUCUAGCAGUGCAAAUGCUAGCCCCUUUGUUUCUCCUCGAAAUACUCCAAUACCACGGCGAAUGAGCACUCAGCCCUCAACAACCUUCAUGCAAACCGCUUCAUCAUCUAUGUAUCCUGGAAAGCCAAUUCACAAGGGCAAUCUACCACGUACAAUGAUGCGAUCUAUGUCAGUAAAUAGUGAAGCUUGCUCCCUAUCCCCUUUCCAAGCUGUUAAUCAAAGAUCUUUUAUUGCAUCAAAUUCUGUUGACACAAACCAAAUGAACAUUGAUGUAAAACCCGACAUAAGUUCAUUACAGGAAAUGAGUAAUAACACUGUCAAUGCUCAAGCAAAUGCUUAUUCCUCAACAUGGAAUCCAUCCCAGAAUCUUACAUCUGCACUUUCACCACUGCAGUUACCAAGGUCUCAGUACCAAGUGUCAAUGUCCGCUCCACAAUCUCCAGUUGUCCACUGCUCCAAAUCCCUGAAGAAGAGUACAUUCAAUUUUCGCAAGGAAACCAGGGCUCAUUCAUUUGACAUGGAGAAUUCUAAUCUUUUGCUGUCCACUGUUGAUUUCAAGAACCAAACAGAACUGCUUCCUUGUCAGGGUAACCACCUUAUGCAGAAUGUCCCUGACAAAUAUUCUCAAGAAGUUAGUGAAAUAUUUCCUGAAGAUGAUGUUAUGAUGCAGCAACAUCUCUCAUCAAUGCCAUGUAUGUCAUCUUUCCGCUCUCAAUCAGUACCAUUACGUCGAAUGGUCAACUCAGUUGCUGUGUCACCCAUGCCUGCAACAGCUCUUCCAUCGCCUCACUAUGGCCCCCCACCUUCUCAACAAGGUUUUUUCAGUUUUAAUCAGUUCACUCCUGGAAGUUCAGUUGCUCCAACCCCUGUUCCAAGCGAAAUUGCUGAUUUUGGUGUUGAUUCAGAAGGGAUGCAUUCGUCUACUGGUUUGCAAGACCUAGAGUUAAUGAGAGAAGACCUGGGUGAUGCUUCUCAAGGAGCAAACAUGGCAACAGAAAGUUUUAAUCCUGAUAUUUUACAUGAAAUGCUCAACAUGUUUGAUGAUGGAAAGAAUGAUGCUCAGCAGACAACACAAGACUUUCCACAAACUCCUGAACAAUACAAGCCCGAUCCUGAAACAACUCUAAGAGGUGAUCCAUUAUUUAGUUCUUUCCGACUCCAAGCAGUUGGUUCUGAUGGAUCUUGUCCAGAAGAACAGCUUACAUUAACAGUUACGCAGCCAAGGGUCACUAGCUCUGCAGAUCCUAUUCUGACUGAAUUAAGUAGCAUGGCAGAAGCUACCUCAGCUCAGCAGGGAAUGGACAGCCUCUUAGAAGGGGCACCAUCAUCUUUUAUCACAGAAGAUUUGGAAUGUGAAAUCAGCCAACUAACACGAGAAGUUGGAAAUUCAUCUAGUUAAUCAAAGUGGCUGGAAGAACUAAUGACAUCCACUUCACUUGUCUCAACAGAUGUGCAUUGCAUUGACUGUUAAAUGUCUGUCCUCCUCAAAUGCUUAGUUUGAAGAGCCUUUAAACAGACAAUGUUGGUAAUUUUUUAACUUUUUUACUUUUGCUAAGGGAAUGAACGUAGAUUACCACUAGUCAUGAUAUUUCCCUUAUUUCAUACCAUGUUGUGUACAAGAGCCUGGCAAAUGUCACUUUGUAGCUCGCAAAAAUGAAAAGUAGAACACAAGUGCACCACUAAGUACAAUGCACCAGAAAUUUAACAGUACAAAAGUAGAGGAUGUAACUUGCCAGGCUCUUGCUUUGUUAGACAUAUGUUCUUAUUUUCUUUUGUUUUCUUUCUUAGAAAAAAAACAAAUAAGCAACAUUGUGGUAUGGUUAUAUAAGUCAUGAGCUUUAGCCCAUGAAACAAGCACAGUGAGCUUGCUUGUGCUGUGACAUGAAAUGUUGCAUUUACAAGCUGUAUAUUUUUCAUAUUGUAACUGAUACUUAACUGUGAUUAUUUUGUUGUCGUGUCUAUGUAAUGGUUGAGCUUUUCAGAGGUAUUUGGUGAUAUUCAACUAUGUGCUAAAGUUUUAUAUUAUCUUUAGACCUUUUGUCUAGCUCCAUGUUUAAAAAUAAAAUGUGUAAGGUGAUUAUCGUUGUUUAAAAAUCACAUUGUUAAAAUAUUUGGAAUGAUAGGUAGUUAAAGCUAUUUUAUCUACAGAACAGCAUUUAUCUGCUUUUAAUUUUAUAUAAAGAGGUCUACAUGAAUAGGCAUGAUUAACUGUGAACUUUGUCAUAAUUCAGUCAAAGGUUUGCUUUUACAAGUUCUUUGAUUUUAUAACUUUGUUGUGUUUGUAUAUUGUUACUGCUUUCUUAUUAUUAUUUUUAUAUAGCUUUCAAUUUUUACUAUGUUGCAUGUUGGCGUGAAAUGGCUGUGUAAGUUAUGUGGGGAAUUAACACUUAAUAGAAGUACACAAAGAAAAUUCAAUUUACCGACCAAAUUUUCAGGGUUAUUGUCAAAUGAUAACUCUGUUUUGAGUACCUUAAUUCCUGUUUGUCUCAUCUCAGGAAAUUAUAUAAUUUGGGAAACUGAAGUACCUAUUGUUUUAGGAAGGCAUUUACAAUUUAGUGAUGUUUUAUUCUUUAUCUGGACCAUUUACAAUAGCAUAAAGAGUACUUAUUGUGUGAUAUUUGUUUUCUUUAUAUGAAAACAAGAAUAAUUUUUGUUUUUGUGGUCUAUAAUCUGACCAAAAAAAAAAAAAUAAAAAAAAAUUCUUUUCAGUAAAUUAAUUUUAACUGAGAUGCCUUUCUUACUCCUUUCUUUCUUAUUGUGCUAAUGCUAGUUAAUAAUGUCAUCUGUUUUGUCUUGUAACAGCCGAGCUGCAUAUCUUAACACAAUUUCAAAACAUUGUGUUGUAUCUUCAAUUCAGUUUUAUUCACUUACAGCUUUUUCUCUCUGUGUGUAGUUGAUAUAUACAAACGUUUGGGAACAGACUGAUAUGGUUAAACAAUGUCUAUCUUGUCCUUGGUGUGACAGCAGAAUGAUCGUUGUCCUCUGGAAUAGCAACUUGUUACGUUUAUUUCUUCAAAUGAUUCAAAGCAGCUGCUGCUUUGGGAAGUGAAAUUCACUUGAUUUUCAGCUAUACAUGUAUUAUACAAUAGUUUCUGCCCUUAUCACACUUCGCACCUAGCCUUCCUCACUCUCUCUUGCUUGUUUAAAUUACAGUUCUGAUAGUCUUGACAAAUAUUCGUCACAUGCAGUGGUUACUUACUUAUCAAUAUUACAUAUGAUAAGGUUUUGCUUUUAUGUCCAAUUAUAUGCUAAUUUUGUA